UUCGACCCCAAAACCCACACCCCAUCCCCACCGGUCUUAAGCACACAAUCAACUUAAUCAGGAGACUUUUUGAUGAAAUUUUGUUCAAGAAACUUCUUUAUUACAAAAUAUACUAAGGAUCACAUGACUAUGAAGAAAAUGAAGAGGACAAAGAUUGUGUUACUAAUGAUGUUUUCAAUAUGUCUUCAACAUCUUCAUGCAUCAACUUCAAAUCCUAAGAAAACUAUUCAUUUUGUUGACAAAAGGGAAGAGGUUGUGGUGCACAAAAAUGGAGUGAAGCCAGUUGUUAGACAUGGAGGAGUUGCUGCAGCUCAUGGUGGUGCUCAUGGUGCUAGCGGCAGUCAUGGUGGUGGUGGUGGUGAGGGUGGAGGUGGAGGAAACCCGGGAGUUGUGAUCCCUAUAUACGCAGGCGCAAGUGCUCACCGAACACCAACUAAAAACCAUCAUGGUCCGAACAAGGGCGAGCAUAACUCUACUGGUCUUCCCCAAUGGGUUUCUACUAUAUUAGCCUUGGUCAUAUUAUUAACAUAUUGUUGCUAAAGCUAGUUGUGUGAGUGCUGUACAAAUUAAAUAGUUUUUGAAUAAUAAUCUGUCUUUUUUUGUUAUUAGUCUAAGCUUUAAUAUCAUGAUGAUUAAUUUUGGUUUCUUAAUUUUA